AUGGCAUCACGUCGUUUCGAAAUAACACCUAUACCUGAACCAAAUCGUAAUGCUUCAUCAAUUGAACGAUCUGAAAUGAUUCCAUUAAUUCAUAUCGAAAAUGAAAUUUCACCACCAUCACCAUUACCUGCUUCCCUUCCAUCAAUCAAUGAAAAGAAUAAAAAUCGAAUAUCAUCACGCUUAUUUAAUACAACUUUACUACGAAAAUCUUUAGACAUUCAUCGUCGUGCUACAAUGACAGCAGCAAUUGCAUCUAAUAAUAAUCAAUUAAAGAAGAGUUCAUCAGUUGAUGCUAUUCAUAAAAUUGAAUCAAAUUCCGAAUUUUCAUCUACAACUAGUCAAACAAAGAUUGCUAUUGGUAAUGGAGUAGAAGAAUAUGAUACAUAUUCAACAGUACAAUCAAAUAAUUAUGAUACAAAUCCAUUACGUAUAACAAAUAAAUUUCUUCAAGAACUUCGUGCAAAACGUCGAGAAUUACAUGAAAAAUCAAAAAAUAUUUCUAUUGAUCAACGUAUUGAUUUAAAUCGUCGACGAAAUCAACGACCAAUUAAACGUGCACAAGAUAUAUUUGAUGUACAUUUUCAAUUAAAUGAUGAUGAUGAUUUACCAUUAUUAGAAUCAAAUAUAUUUACUGAAGAAAAUCAAGAAAAAAUUCGUAAUGAUGUUUAUAAUGAAUUAAAUCGUCAACGUACAAAACAAUAUGAUAAAUAUAAAAGACAUUUAUUAUUAGGUCGAUCAUUAUUAAUAUUUAUGACAUCAUUAUUAGCAUUGAUGAGUUUAAUAUUAAUCUAUGCUGUAUUGGAUUUAUAUAAUCGGGCAAAUCAUUCAGAUGCAAAAAUACCAGAAAAUAAAUUUGUACCAAUGAUUUAUGAUAAAACAACAGAUCUUCCUUGA